UUGUUCUACUCUGGACAGCUGGAGGAGAAAAUGGCAGCACUCAUGUUAGGGCAGCAGCUCCGCCAGUUCAGCACGUCUGUGAUCAGAUCCAAACUGGUUAAGUCUCCCAUCGAGGUCUAUGGAGUCGAGGGCCGCUAUGCCACGGCUCUGUUCUCAGCUGCCAGUAAGCAGAACAAACUGGACCAAGUGGAGCAGGAGAUGGGGAAAGUGUCUGCCCUGAUCAAGAAUCCAAAUGUUUCUUCUGUUGUCAUGAAUCCUCAUGUUAAGCGCAGCAUCAAGCAGAAGACUUUCCAUGACGCUCUUGCAAAGGACAAGGUUUCAGCCAUCACUCUCAACCUCAUCAAAGUUUUGUCUGACAAUGGUCGUCUGACUAUAACUGGUGAUGUUAUCAAUGCCUUUGGCAAGAUGAUGAGUGCACACCGUGGAGAGGUCAUCUGCUCUGUCACCACUGCUCAGCCAUUGGGUGAAGUUGAUCUUGCUGACCUGAAAGUAGCCCUCAAGGGCUUUCUUCAGAAGAAUGAAACUAUCAAGCUGGAAACAAAGUCGGAUUCUGCAAUCCUGGGUGGCAUGAUCGUCAGUAUCGGAGACAAGUAUGUGGACAUGUCCACUAAAAAAAAGAUUCAGAAGCUGUCGAAGCUCAUCAAGGAAACUUAAGUCCUGUGGACUUAAUUUAGCGGAAGGUCGAAGACGACCAUUGUGGGGAAACGCUGAUUAAUGUAUAAUGCUAUCUGUUCUGGCAUGUCAGUUGCUACAUAAAAUCCAGUGUCUAUACUUAAGUGGAUAUGGAUGUUAAUAAAAAGUACAAAACAAUG